ACUCUCCACGGAAUGCUUGCUUCUUCAGGCACCAUAGGAGCGUUGGUGGCUUGGCUGAUCAGCUAUAAGCCAGCCUUGUUUGGCUUCCUAUUCCUUCUGCUGUUGCUCAGCAACUGGCUGGUCAAGUAUGAGCUCAAGCUUACCCCCGCAGAGCCCCAGCAGGAAAAGGCAGAGAAGUCACAGAUGCCCGAAGCCAAGCCCAACAGCAACUUCAUGAACACAAAAGAAAUGGAGAGACUGCACGCAUGCUUUGCCCUCCAGGACAAGAUCCUCGAACGGCUUAUGUUCAGUGAAAUGAAGCUGAAGGUCUUAGAAAAUCAGAUGUUCAUUGUAUGGAAUAAACUGGAUCACCACAAGAGGUCGGGCCGACAGCGGACUUUUCCCAUGGGGAAAUACAGGAUUAAGAGGCACAAGUCCAUUUUCUCCAUCAUCUCUGAUUGCACUUCCAAUUCCCCCUAACGAGGCCGGAGAGACGGGCGUGGGCUGGCCUCUUCUGAUGUUACCUUUACUCAGUAAAACCCACUCAGAGACUAUUGAAUUUUCUUAGUAAAUGACACUGGAGAGGAGGAUUGGAGGCUGAAAGGUCCGUCGCCUCUGGAAAAGAAGUCUGUCCUGGGGCCGGCCCGGUGGUGUAGUGGUUAAGUUUGCACAUUCUGCUUCGGCGGCCUGGGGUUCACCGGUUCAGAUCCCGGGCGCAGAUCUAUGUGCUGCUCGUCAAGCCAUGCUGUGGCAGGCAUCCCACAUAUAAAGUAGAGGAAGAUGGGCACCCUAUGACACACCUGAUGGGCUCUAGAACCCAGCCCUCCCUCUCUUUCACUUGGGCCACCUUGACCCUGGUCCACGGCCCUAUACCUGUUCACCUUGACUCUUAGAACAACCUCCCCAGUGCUGUCCCAGCCCCUAGACUCCCCGUCACCCAGCACUCAGAGGCCAGGGCAAGCCCAGCCCGGCACGGCUCUGGGCAUCUUCACUGCCUGUUCUUGACCAAACACCUCGCCAUGGUUAACAGAAUAAAAGCCGCACUCCUUACUGUGUUGAUCAGGCCUUCCAUGAUCUGACCACCUUUCCAGCCUUUCCCCCCGAUUUUGCCCUCUCACAUGCUUUAUACCCUAUGCCAGAGUAUCCUAAACAUCUGUCAUUGGUGCACCACCACCCUUGUAAA